AUGCUCGCCAAUGGUGAUGAAGGCCAAUAUGAAAUAAUAUCCGCUACACUCCUCGUCACUCCACCACUUCAACGUGCAUUCCCAGCACAAUCGCCCACUCCUACCUCCAGUGCCACAAACUCCAACUGUGCACCCUCAGCACCACAUCCACGUCCACCGCCACCUACACCUAUGCCUACAAGUCCACCACCUCCUAAACCACCCGAUAUUACAACUCAAGAAAGACAAGACGAUGGAGCAAGAACACCACCAUUAAUACCAACUUCACCACCGUCUUCAGCCCAAUACCUGACAUCGAAACCUGCACCUCUCACAGAUUCUCCGUCAGUGAAGAUCCGAGCAAGAAAACCGAAAACUCACCAACAAACGGAAGCAUCAACAACGUGUGAAAGCAAAAGGAGGGGGAGGACGUGGCUACGUUCACCAUAA